AUGGAAUCCCAAAGGAACGCAAGUCUAGCAAUAAUUUCGAGAGCCAUUAGCACCGGAAAGGAGGAAGUCGCUUCACCAUCUGAAACUGUUGAACGCGCCGACCAGAUUGAUGUCAAACCGACAGAAGUGGUCAUAUUCCAGGGAUUCAACUGGGAAUCCUGCAACUGCGAUGAAGGAUGGUACCAGCGACUCAUGGACCUGCCAGAAGAGCUCUCUGCAGCGGGAAUUACGGACGUCUGGUUACCGCCACCCAGCAAGUCAGUGGCUCCUCAAGGAUACAUGCCAAGCCAGCUGUACAACCUUGACGAGUCCCAUUACGGAAGCGAGGAAGAAUUGAAGGAGCUGAUUGGACGAUUUCACGCAGCGGGCGUGAGGUGCAUCGCGGACAUCGUGAUCAACCACCGGUGCGGCGACAAGCAGGACGAGAACGGCUGCUGGACCAUCUUCGAGGGUGGCACGCCCGACGACCGCCUCGACUGGGGCCCUUGGGCCAUCACGCAGGGCGACGCGCCCUUCGGCGGCCAUGGCCGUCCGGACACCGGCGAGGAUUUUCCAGCAGCUCCUGACAUCGACCACACGAACGAGCGCGUGCAGCGCGAGCUGACGGAGUGGAUGCUCUGGCUCAAGAACGACGUCGGCUUCGACGGCUGGCGCUUCGACUUCGCGAAAGGAUUCGCAGGCGAGUUCGUGGGGAAGUACUGCGACGCGACGUCGCCCGCAUUCUCCGUGGGGGAGCUGUGGACGACGAUGAAUUACGACGGCGAGAAGCCGGACUACAACCAGGACAGCCACCGGCAGCAGCUGGUGGACUGGGUCGACUCCACUGACGGCCGCUCCACCGCCUUCGACUUCACCACCAAGGGCAUCCUGCAGGAGGCCGUCCAGGGCGAGCUGUGGCGCCUCCGUGACCCCAACAACAAGCCUGCUGGGAUGAUUGGGUACUGGCCCAGUCGAGCAGUGACGUUCAUUGACAACCAUGACACCGGCUCCACACAGGGCCAUUGGCCCUUCCCGCAGGACAAAGUGAUGCAGGGCUAUGCAUACAUCCUCACGCAUCCAGGCAUCCCAUGCGUGUUUUACGACCACUACUACGAGUGGGGCCACAAGGAGGCCAUCAAUGCACUUCUGGCCAUCAGGAAGCGCAGUGGGGUGCACUCCAAGAGCAAGUGCACCAUCAUCACGGCUGAGGACGAUCUCUAUCUGGCUGACAUCGACGGCAGGCUGGUUGUUAAGAUUGGCCCGCGCUAUGACAUUGGGGACAUGGCUCCCAAUGAGGCAGAGUACCAAGUGGCUGCUUUUGGGGAUGACUACUGUGUUUGGGAAAGAAGGCAGGAGGAAAGCCAUGGCAAAGCACAACCAUAA